AUGUCUAAGAUUCUCGCCAUCUUUGGCGCUACUGGCCAACAGGGAGGUUCGGUUGUAAAAAAUGUGCUGAAUGACCCUGAACUUUCCAAGACAUAUAAGAUCCGAGCCAUCACCCGUGAUGUCAAUUCGGACGCAGCCAGAAAAUUGAAAGAGAAAGUCGAAGUCGUUCAAGGCGAUGCAACUGAUCGAGCCUCUCUCAAAACAGCUUUAACCAACGUACACACUGUUUUCGCCAUGACGGCACCCGACUUUGGUUCCAAUGCCGUGGAGGUCGAAUAUAUCAAUGGCAAGACCAUUGCCGAUGUUGCCGUCGAGGUAGGCGUCCAGUACAUCAUCUUCAGUACUCUACCAUCCAUAUCCGGCAUUUCUGGCGGCAAAUAUACCAAAGGCAGUGCAUUUGAUGCGAAGGCGAAAAUAGAGCAGUACAUUCGACGGCUUCCGAUCAAAAGUGCUUUCGUCUCGCUCGGAUCAUUCAUGGAAAAUUUCCACGCCCAAUCUUUCUUAGCUCCGCGACCGGCUCUUGAUGGUACUUGGGUUAUGUCCCGUCAUACUACCUCGAAAGCGCAAUUUCCUUUAAUCGAUGCUGUGGGGGACACCGGAAAGUUCGUUGGAGCUAUUCUUACCCAACCGGAUAAGUACGAAGGGAAGGUAUUCUGUGCCGCAGUGAAGCUGUAUACUGUGGAAGAGAUAGUCGCAGCACUAUCUAAAUCCAGUGGAAAGACUAUAGUCUAUAACCAGAUCAGUCUCGAGGAAUUCAAGAAGACCUUACCGGUUGGGUUUGAUGUCCUUUUUUCCGAGUACUUCAGUUUCGUUGAGGAAUAUGGAUACUGGGGCCAGGGAAUUCAGGAGGCGAUUGCCUGGGCUCCGAAGAAUGUCCGUGGUAGAUUGUCUACUCUAGAGGAGUUUUUGGAGGCGCAUCCAUACCAUCUUGAAUGA